AUUAUGUACAUAACAUAACCAAUGAUUGAGUGGAUGUCAUUUGCUUUCAUUGUGCAAGAAGUCUGAUUCCUAAAUGUGGAUUAUGUUAAAAAUAUUUAUAUAUGGAACGAAUUUUAACAAGAUACACAAAUAAUCUAUUUAACUUGAUGAAAUCACAUAAAUGGAAUCAUGAAGAAAGAAAGAACGGCUGAUAAUAGCCGACCAUAUAAAUUAGCUCACCAAAUAUUGAGUCUUACAGGCAUAAGCUUUCAAAGGAAAAGUAUCAUUGGCUUUGUUGAGCUGACAAUUGUUCCGCUUCGAGAUACAUUAAGACUUAUAAAAUUAAAUGCAAAACAAUGUAGAAUUUAUAGAGUAUGUUUAAAUGACACAUAUGAAGCACCAUUUCAAUAUUUUGAUCCAUUCCUGGAUAUUUGUCAAGGAGAUGGCAAACAACGAUCAUUGGAGUUUUUUUCAAAUAUGCAUUUAGCAGCAGCACAAAGAGUAGACCCAGAUAAUAAUGCAGGAGAGUUAGUUGUCCAAAUUCCACCUGAUGCAGCACAUUUAGUUGCUGAAGGAAGAAGUUUAAGAAUUAGUAUUGAAUUUUCUUUAGAGCAACCUCAGGGAGGAGUACAUUUUGUUGUUCCAAAUUGUGAUGGGACUUUGGCAGAAAGGGGUGCACAUAUGUAUACAUAUAGUUAUGAGAACUCUUCAAGAUUGUGGUUUCCUUGUGUUGAUAGUUUCGCUGAACCAUGUACUUGGAAAUUGGAAUUUACUGUUGAUGAUUCUAUGACAGCUAUAUCUUGUGGCGAUCUUGUAGAAGUUGUAUAUACUCCAGAUAUGAGAAGAAAAACAUUUCAUUAUGUUCUUAACACACCAGCAUGUUCCCCAAAUAUUGCACUUGCAGUUGGACCAUUUGAAAUAUUUGUGGAUCCAUACAUGCAUGAAGUGACACAUUUUUGUUUACCACAAUUAUUGCCAUCAUUAAAAGUGUCUGCAAAAUAUAUGCACGAAGCAUUUGAAUUUUAUGAAGAAACUUUAUCAAAUAGGUAUCCUUAUUCUUGUUACAAACAAGUGUUUGUAGAUGAAUUGGAUGAAGAUAUCAAUGCAUAUGCCACUAUGAGUAUUCUAAACACAAAUUUGUUGCACUCUACUGCAAUAAUUGAUCAAGUUUAUAUUACAAAAAAAGCUAUGGCCCAAGCUGUUGCUGAACAAUUUUUUGGUUGUUUUAUAUCUAUGCAGAAUUGGUCGGAUACGUGGUUACCUAAAGGUAUAUCGACAUAUUUAACUGGUUUAUAUGCAAAAAAAUGUUUUGGAAAUAAUGAAUAUCGAGAAUGGGUUCAGUCGGAAUUGCAAGAAGUUGUAAAAUAUGAAGAACAGUUUGGUGGUAUAAUAUUAGAUCCGUCCCAGCCACCAGCACCAUUACCCAUUGCAGCCAAUACACCAGCACCUACGCCAAGAGCUCCAGAUCCCGGCUUUUAUUUUCCAAUAAGAAAUUUGCAUACAAUGUCCCCAAAGUAUAUAGAAGUGCUACGUAAAAAAGCACAUUUAGUAAUUAGAAUGUUAGAACAUCGAAUUGGUCAAGAAUUGCUGCUGCAGGUUUUCAAUAAACAAUUGUCUCUUGCUGCUAAUGCAGCACAACAAAAAAUUGAUUCUGGACUUUGGUCGCAUAUGCUAAUUAGUACAAAUGUUUUUACUAAAGCAAUCUUUACUGUAACGGGUAAGGAUAUGGCAGUAUUUAUAGAUCAGUGGGUCAGGACUGGUGGACAUGCGAAAUUUAGUUUAAGUUUUGUGUUUAAUAGGAAAAGGAAUACAGUAGAAUUAGAAAUUCGGCAAGAUACCACAAAUCAAAGAGGGAUAAGAAAAUAUGUAGGACCACUUCUAGUUAACAUUCAAGAGUUAGAUGGUACUUUCAAGCACACUUUACAAAUUGAAGGGACAGUUGCAAAGGCAGAUAUAACAUGUCAUAGUAAAAGUCGUAGAAAUAAGAAAAAGAAGAUUCCAUUAUGUACUGGAGAAGAAGUGGAUAUGGAUCUUUCUGCUAUGGAUGACUCUCCUGUGUUAUGGAUAAGAUUAGACCCCGAGAUGACGCUUAUGCGUUCUGCUCAAAUUGAACAACCUGAUUAUCAAUGGCAAUAUCAGUUAAGACAUGAAAGAGAUGUUACUGCACAAUUGGAAGCUAUCGAAGCACUGCAAAAUCAUGCAACUCCUCCUACACGAUUAGCGUUAAACGACACUAUAGAAAAUGAACAUUGUUAUUAUAAAGUUAGACUACGAGCUGCACAUUGUUUAACAAAGGUAGCAAAUGCAAUGGUUGCAACAUGGGCAGGUCCACCAGCAAUGUUAACUAUUUUUAGAAAAUUAUUUGGAUCAGCGUCGUGUAGGCGCAUAAUCAAACAAAAUAACUUUCAAAAUUUUCAGCAUUAUUUUCUUCAAAAGACUAUACCUGUAGCAAUGGCAGGAUUGCGUAAUGCUCAUGGUAUAUGCCCACCGGAAGUUUUAGCUUUCUUAAUGGAUUUGUUUAAAUAUAAUGAUAAUAGUAAAAAUAGAUAUUCAGAUAAUUACUAUAGAGCAGGUUUAAUCGAAGCCCUUGGAGCUACAGUCACUCCAGUAAUUAGUAUACAACAAGGGACAGCUAUUACUGCUGAGUCUUUAUCAGUUGAUACUAAAGCUAUACUAGAAGAAGUCACCAGAAAUUUAAAUUUGGAGAAAUUAUUACCGUGUUACAAAUAUACUGUCAGUGUUGCUUGCCUGAAGGUUAUACGAAUAUUACAAAAAUUCGGACAUCUCCCGAGUAAUCCCAAUCUUUUCAGAGCAUAUGCUGCAUAUGGACAAUUUAUAGAUGUUAGAAUUGCAGCAUUGGAAGCCUUAGUUGAUUUUACGAAAGUAGAUGGGAAGUGGGAAGAUCUAGAAUUUUUAUUAGACAUGAUAGAAAUGGAUCCACACCCCGGUGUACGACAUAGAUUAGUCAGGCUUAUGGUGGAAAAUCCACCAUUUGAGAGAGCUCAUAAGCACCGUUUGGAUCGUCCUGAAUUAGUUGAUCGUAUCUGGAACUUAAUUAAUGGUAUGCUUUCUCAUGAUCCCAAAAUACGUUGUGAUUUGGUUGAUUUGUACUACACCUUAUAUGGCUCUAAGCGUCCAUUAUGUCUACCUAUUCCUGAAAUUGCUGCUAUUACUAAACCUAAGAAAGUAGGACCACAAAGUCCUGAACAAGAUAUGAAACCGACUAUAUCGCACAUAAAACAUGAACCGCCAGUAGUGGAAGUGGAUAAUACAAGCGCACCGGGCAAAAGGAAACCUUCCCCUUGUCGGGAUAUUCCAGGCCCUUCAAAUUCAGUGGAAUAUGGUCCUGAAGUAAAACGACAGAAGCAGACUCUUAAUGAUGAAAGAGCGAGUUCCGUAACUAGUGACGGUAAAGUCAAAUCAGAAUAUUAUAGUGAUAAUUCUGCAUCAUUACCUGGAAUUAUGGGAACACCAGGACCUGUUGGGUUUGAACCGGGAAUGUUUAAAAAAGAAGUAGAUGAUCACAAACAGAAAAAUGACUCUGCCAACAAAAACAAGAAGAAGAAGAAAGACAAAAAGAAACACAAACAUAAACACAAGCAUAAACAUGAUCAUAAGCAUGGCAAGGAUAAAGAAAAGAAAGAAAAAGAUAAAGACAAAGUCAAAGAAAAGGAUAAAGAAAAGGACAAAAAUAAAGAUUCUUCCAGUUUAAAAAUCAAAGAAGAGACUUUAAGUUCUGCUAGUUCAAGUCUCAGCCCGGAUGCUGCGACUGUUACCAAUGAAUUUAUUUUUCCAUAGUAUCAAAAAGAAUCACCAGA